CCCACUAUAGCACGCUCAGGCUAUUAGCCCCUUGUAUUGUAGGUCACAAACACACGUGUCCCGGAUUACAUUUCCCGCCAUGACUGCAGCCAAUCAGCUGCGCGUUUGUUCCCUUCUUUCUCCCCACGCCCCUCCCCUGCUCUCUGAUUGGCUGGCCGGUAAUAUAAAAGACCCGAAGGGAGAUAGUUGUGAUCAGUGUGUAUUAGAGUGAAUGGAUAUCCAGGGUUUCGCUAUGGACAUAAAGGAGGAGGCAAAGAAGCUGCUAGAGUUCUCAAACAGUCUGGAUAUCUUUUGUCCGCUCAACUCUCCUUUGGGCGAAUCUCCCUUUGUUUCCUCCUGCGCUGCACCCAAGGGCACAAGACUCUCAUCGAUGCGCUACAAGACCGAGCUCUGCAACAGAUACGCAGAAAGUGGCUUUUGCGCUUACAGAAGUCGCUGCCAGUUUGCCCACGGCCUGAGCGAUCUCCGCCCUCCGUUUCAGCACCCAAAGUACAAGACCGAGCUCUGCCGCUCCUUCCACAUCCUGGGAACCUGCAGCUACGGCCCGCGCUGCCUAUUCAUACACGGCCAUGGUGAAAAGCGGGAAGUGCCCGAUACCAUCCGUCUCAGGCAGCGCUGCCCAUCGCCUUUCCUCAGCAAAAAGCAGUGCAGACUCUGGCGCUCGCCUUCAGGCUGCCCUUAUGGGUCGAAUUGCCUCUUCCAGCACCCACGUGCUGUGCGGGAUGUCUGCCGUCACUAUGCCGCCCUUGGUGUCUGCCCGUAUGGCGUCCACUGUCUGUUCAAGCACACCCCACCUCUAGACCGCUGGGGAGCGGGAAGUAAUGCUGGAAGUGGGUCACUGUCCCCCACAGAAUCGGACGCUGACAACGGGAAUGAAUUCUUCUGCGACUCCUUGGCUAACAACGCUUUUAACUUUUCAACUUUGCUCUUACCCCUCGCCUUGAGGCUCCAGAUCCUGGGAGAAGAGAACGACCUCUCCGAAAUUGAUCCGACCAUAACCGGAUGAGAACUCCUCAGGGAAUGUACCACUUUUUGACACACUGACUAUAUAAUGUACUUUAGUGUUUUUACACUUUAUUUUUAAACUCUUCAGGUUGUCGACUGCAGAUCUGAAUGGCAUUUAUUCUCGGCCUCAUGGCUCUUAUGUACAUAAAUGUUUAAGUUAUUUCCUUAACCCUGUAAGUAGAUGUAACUUUAAUAUUCCUAAUGGACCUUUUUAUUGGGUGACUCGUAAUUUCUUUUAUUGGACAAGAUGUGUUUAUGUCACUAAU